AAAUAUCAUCAUAGACAAACACGAGUGAAUAGUUCACUGUUCUAAACGCGUUUUGUGGAUGUUCAUUGUUCAUCGAUCAUUGUCAGGGUUAUCAUUAUCAAUUUUUAUGUUGCCAAACCAAUAAAUUUUUAUUGUUGUUAUUAUUGAUAAUAAAAAAUCGGUGAUUAUGUAGUGCUGGUACAUUAUCAGUAAAUAUUAUUAUCGCUUGUAUUUCAACGAAAGUUAAACAUUCACUAUUCAACAUUUCUAAAUAAAUAGCACGUACCUAAAGAUCUUUGUUAGUCUUCACGAUCAGUGAGAAAAAACUAUCAUGUUUUACUCUGCAAUAAUACUUAGUGUUUUAUUCGUGGGAAUUUCUGGAGGUCCUUCUCUUAAAGCUCCUACAUUCAGUAAACAUUAUGUUGCCAAAGGAACUUUGAUUAUUCCUUAUGCUGAAAUUAAAGAACCUUUUUAUGUUUAUUAUGAUGAAGAAGCUGGAUCCAGUCGAAUUGAUUACUACGGAGAUAUGGUGAAGACUUUUCAACUUGGCUCUAAUGGAAGAUAUGGUUCUAGUAUAAAAAUUGCUCCAAUUACAACUGAAUCUGAAACAAAUAAACUCACAUGUUUGAAAGUUGAUGGAGAUGGGGAAAUGCAAGUAAAACCUCAAUCGAUUCUCCCGGAUACACAUGAAAUGGAGUGUAUUGGAGAAGAAAUGAUAAAUGGAAACUUAUGUGAAAAAUGGCGCCUUGUUGAUAAAAUUGGAGAAAAAACCAAUAAAUACACUUUAUGGAUUAGAUAUGAGAAAUCUGCAGUUUCAGAUGCCAAAGUGCCUAUACCAGUAAGAUAUGAAAUGAAAGGAUUUAACUCACUUUUAGGAUCUCACUAUGAUCAUUAUUAUCUAGAAUACGACUGGUAUUCUGAUGAAAAACCAAGUGCAGAUGUUUUCGCUGUUGUCGAUAAUAUGACAUGUACUAGUUUCCCUGGACCUGGUAUUAAACAUCUUAUCACCUUUAACCCAAUGCGCGAAUUUAUCAACAAUGAUGAUAGACACGUUGAAGUAGAGUUUGAUCACUUCAAAAAAAAUCACAAUGUAAAAUAUCCUGUGGGUAAAGAAGAACAUGCUCGAAAAGAAAUAUUUAGACAGAAUUUAAGGUACAUUCACUCGACAAAUCGUGCAAAUCGUGGUUAUACACUAGCUGUAAAUCACCUUGCUGAUCGUAAAGACGAAGAACUCCAAUAUCUCCGUGGAAAAAAAUACUCGCAUGUAUCUUACAAUGGUGGUGAUGCUUUUCCUUAUGAUUCUGAUGAAGAAGUAAAAAAAGUUCCAGAUAGUAUGGACUGGAGACUUUUUGGAGCAGUGACUCCAGUAAAAGAUCAAUCUGUUUGUGGAUCUUGUUGGAGUUUUGGAACAACAGGAGCAGUAGAGGGUGCUUAUUUUAUGAAAUAUCAUACACUGGUUCGAUUAUCUCAGCAAGCGCUCAUUGAUUGCUCCUGGGGAUACGGUAAUAACGGAUGCGAUGGUGGAGAAGAUUUCCGAUCAUAUCAAUGGAUUAUGAAACAUGGGGGACUACCCACUGAAGAAGAUUAUGGUGGUUAUCUUGGACAAGAUGGAUAUUGUCAUGCUGACAAUGUGACACUAACUGCAAAAAUGUCAGGCUUUGUUAAUGUUACUUCGAAUGAUCCCAAUGCACUGAAGGUUGCUAUUGCCAAACACGGACCGGUCUCUGUCGCAAUAGAUGCGUCCCACAAAACAUUUUCCUUCUACGCUAAUGGCGUUUAUUAUGAUUCCUCAUGUGGUAAUAGGAUAGAUCAACUAGAUCAUGCUGUCUUAGCAGUUGGAUAUGGUAAAUUAAAUGGUCAAGAUUACUGGCUAGUUAAAAAUUCAUGGUCAAACUAUUGGGGAAAUGAUGGUUAUAUUCUAAUGGCUCAGAAGAACAAUAAUUGUGGUGUUAUGACUACACCAACAUAUGUCAUAGCUGCUUAAAAAACUGUGAUGAAUAAAAAAGUAUAAAUCGUCUCUCUAUAUUUUUAAAAAUGUAGAUAAGUGUUGAUAAUAAUUAUAAAAUAAUUUUUUUAUUCGACGAUUAAUUUAAAUAUACUUUUCUAGCCUACACACAACUCGUUGUUUACGAUACAGUGUCAAUAAUCAAGCUCUGUAUAAGAAUAAUAAUAAAAAUUGGAAUAAAAUUAAUUUUUAAGAUUUA